GCCGGGCCGGCCCGCCCUGCCCUGCCCGGCUCUCCGGCGGCGCCGAUGGGGCUGCGGGCCUGGCUGCGAUCGCUCGGCUGCUGCGGCUGCUGCGGCGGGGAGGCGGCGGCGCCCGAGAAGGAGCCCCUGCUCAGUAACAACAACCCCUACACGUCCUUUGGAGCCACCCUGGCCCGGGAUGAGGAGCAGAACCUGUGGAGCACCCCCCACGAUGUGACCCACACCGAGGCUGAUGAUGACCGUGUGCUCUACAACAUGAUUGUGGUCAGGAACCAGCUGGACAAAGACUCAGAGGAGUGGCAGAAGCUCAACUAUGACAUUUACACCUUACGGCAGACCCGGAAGGAAGUGAGGAGCAGGUGGAAACACAUUUUGGAGGAUUUAGGUUUCCAGAAGGAAGCAGAUUCCCUCUUGUCAGUGACCAAGCUCAGCAUCAUCAGUGACUCUCAGAACAUGAGCAAAGCCCGGGACAUCUUGUUAAAGCUCUCGGAGGAGACCAACAUCUUCCCGACCAGCUGGGAGCUCUCUGAGCGCUACCUCUUCGUGGUGGACCGGCUGAUCGCCCUGGACGCUGCGGACGAGUUUUUCCGGAUGGCCAGCGCGGUGUAUCCCAAGCGGGACAGGGCAGAUGAGGGCCCCAGGCCCCUGCAGAGUGUGCUGGCUGCAGUGCCCUGAGCAGUGGAAGUGCCUGUGCAGCACAGUGAGGCUCUGCAGGCAGGGGUCAGGAGUGCCCUCCCUGUUUCCCUGUGGAGGAGCGAGCUGUGCCCAGCUGGAAAGGAGAGCGCUGGCCCCGAGGUGCUCCCAGGCAUGGGCAGUGAGAGCUGCCCUGGAACAGCCCUGGUGGGCCAGCAGUGUGUGUUGAAGGCAUUGGGAGGAGCUGCCAUGCAAGGCGUUGCUGCCAGGAGCUGCAAAGGUUCCAAGGAAAGCCAGGAAAUCCAGCUUUCCACCUUCCUUUGAGUCCCCUCCCCUGAGCCUGCGAGCCUGGAAGAAAAACACCUGCAUCAUCUACAGCUCUGUGACUGCUCCUCUUCCUCACCUCCAGGCAGCUCCCAGGGAAUCUGGGAAAGAGGCAGGAGCUGUGCCAGGACAGGAUUUAAUUCAGCAGCGUCACAGUUGGGUGCUCCAUCCCCAGCCAUUAGUGGCUGAGGGAUGUUUGUGUCAGGGGUGCUCAGCUUGACAUCUCACAAGAAGGUGGAGUUCAGGAAGGUGCCAAGUUCAGAGCUGCUGAGAAUUUGGCUCCUGGAACAUCAGUUGCCCAGCAUCUCGUUCUAUUUUGGAAAGUUUUGGUCUUAAUUGCCUAAAAAAAUCUCCAGCACAAAGCUGCACGUACUGGCAAUAUAAAAAUCCUCAUUACCAGCAGGGAUGGUAUAAUGAACAUCCUUUUUAUCCUGGGGUUUUGACUGAUAAUGAGCAAUAAUUUUGAAAACACUGGAUUUGAUAAUUUAAAAACAAGUGGAAGUUCUUCACUGAUAAACACACAUGCUGCUAAUUGGCCAGUUGAAAAUGCUGGUUACACAGGGCCUCCCAAAGUAGCAAACCAGAGCUUUUAUUUGUUUUUACCUACAGCAUUUGAAAAUAAAUAUAUUUAUGAGCUGUUGCUGUUUGUCAGUCUUCCUGGGAAACGUUUUUGUCAACUCAGAACAGCAGUGAAAGCUGAGUUUAAUAAAGAAAACAUUAC